AUGGCAACGGUAACGCGUGAAAAUAUUGGUAACCUGCAUGAUAAGAUCAAUGUAAAGCUUGCUAAGGAAGACUAUAUGCCUUCUUUUGAAAAAGCGUUGAAGCAGUAUGCCAAACAAGCUAAUGUACCCGGUUUCCGUAAGGGAAUGGUGCCUGCUGGUAUGGUGAAGAAGAUGUAUGGUCAGAACCUGUUUGGUGAUGAAGUGAUCCGCUCGGCCAGCCGUCAGCUGGAGCAAUAUCUGAACACGGAGAAGGUAGCCAUUUUUGCACAACCUAUGAUCGUACCCAACGAAACGCCCGUUCGUCUGGAUAUGAACGCUCCUGUAGAUGUGGACUUUACUUUUGAGAUCGGUGUUAAGCCGGAUGUAGAGAUACCCAUGCUUAACGGUGCUGAAAAGCUG